AUGAGUGCUGUUGCCCACGACGCUGCUUGUAUUUUCUGCAAGAUUAUCAAAGGUGAAAUCCCUUCUUUCAAAUUGGUUGAAACUCAGUAUUCUUACUCGUUCCUUGACAUCCAACCAACUGAAGAGAACCACAUUCUUAUCAUUCCAAAGCACCACGGUGGGAAAUUGCACAACAUCCCAGAUGAAUACUUAGCUGACCUGUUGCCAGUUACUAAGAAGUUAGUGAAAGCCAUUGGCUUCGACCAAGAUGGUCCUGAUGGUCCAGGGUACAAUGUCCUUCAAAACAACGGUAGAAUAGCCCAUCAAGAAGUAGAUCACGUGCAUUUCCAUUUGAUCCCAAAGAAAACAAAGGAUGCUGGAUUAAUCGUAGGUUGGCCUGCACAGGAAACUGAUUUUGCUAAGCUGAGUGAAAUGCAUAAAAAGUUGCUUGCCAAACUAGAAACCUAA